CUUCAACUUAAUAAAAAAAAACAAUCAUCAAAAUGCCUACUAUCAAGAAAAAACUCAUUGCGAACACCACCUCCGUCACCGUCGGCUGCGGCAGCCACUGCCGGAACCUUAACCUCUCAAUGAUCUUCCACCCAAAACCAAACAAAAACAAACGCCGCCACUACCACCAUAGCUCCGCCUCAAGUAGUUCAUGGAACACCACACCAACCGCCACCACUUCUUGCACUACAACUGCCACGUUGUCACCAAACACGUCAUCUGAUACAACAACAACAACAACGACUACGGUUCAUGGAUUUGGGUGGCUUGGUGGCAAUAGUUUGGCUGUUGAAAAAGAUUCAAGUGAUCCUUAUGUUGAUUUUAAAGAAUCAAUGCUUCAAAUGAUAAUGGAAAAAGAGAUUUAUGGAAAAGAUGAUCUUCGUGAGCUAUUAAAUUGUUUUUUGCAACUUAAUUCACCUUAUUAUCAUGGAAUCAUUGUUAAAGCUUUUACCGAAAUUUGGAACAAUCUUUCAAAUUAAUGUAUAGUAGUGUUAAUUAA